CUUUCUCCUCAGCUCCCCUUCGUCCUCCUCCGCCCCCUUCUUCCUCCUUCGUCCCCUUCAUCCUCCUCUUUAAACACAGGUUUCUGAUCUUUUCUAGUCCGCUUCAACUGACCCAGAGAACGGCCAUCUUUUCCCUCAAACUCUCCCUUUCUCUCCCAAUGCUCACCAUCUUUUCUUCUCCGUGUUCACAAAGACGCUGAGUCCCAGACAAAUGCCAUCACUAGACCACCACCACAACCAUGUCACUCUCUCUUAUUUUCUCCCUCAACGCUCAACUCCCCAGUUUCUCUAACCUCUCAUCUUCUUUGUACAACAACAUAGAUGGACUAAACCCUAAACCACCUCGUAGUUUUCAGAUGAAAAUCCGUCAAUUCCUGGUCAGAUUGGACGAGACUUGGACCACGGAUCACUUCCCCUUCAUCCUGAGGUUCGGAUUUGAGCAUGGGAGACUUGAAUUUGCCUCAAUUUUGAAAGAAACCAAAAGCCCAAUUUCGGGCUGACAACCUUAGGCCGUUCUCAGGCCAUUAUCCGGCCACGACUUGGUGUAAAAAGGCGCGGUCGGAUGACCAGGGCGGUUUCUCUGCAGAAUUAAAAUAUAUAAAUCUCCGCAGGCCCGCAGCUGAAAAACCAAAACAAUUUGCCAACACCACCACCACCAGUAGUCAGUCCACCGCAUCAGUAUACACCCCAAACCAUCAUCCAUGGCCUCGAUUUUCGUUCCACAACCUCCGCUCCUCCAUCUCUCCACGCCUUCGGCUUCUGCUCCGGCCGAUCGGACGCCGUGCUUGCCGCUGGUAACCCGUCCCGGUCAGAGGCUCUUCCUGGUAUCCAUCGCCACUUUGGGGGUUCGGAGGUCCUUCAAUGUCGCAUCCUCCGCCACCUUCGUGCCUAAUUCCGUACCGGAGAAAAAUGGAGUUCUUACUGUUGGCGAUUUUAUGACGAGAAGAGAGGAUUUGCACGUGGUGAAGCCUACAACGACUGUCGACGAAGCUAUAGAGCUUCUUGUCGAAAACAGAAUCACUGGUUUUCCGGUGAUCGACGAUGACUGGACACUGGUCGGUCUUGUCUCAGAUUAUGACUUGUUAGCACUGGACACUAUUUCAGGUAGCGGAAGAACUGACAACAGCAUGUUUCCAGAAGUUGACAGCACUUGGAAAACUUUUAACGAGGUACAGAAAUUGCUCAGUAAAACCAAUGGUCAGGUGGUGGGUGAUGUGAUGACACCAGCCCCAGUUGUCGUUAGUGAAACCACUAAUCUUGAGGGUGUUGCUAGAAUGUUGCUCGAGACAAAAUAUCGCAGACUUCCAGUUGUAAAUGAAAGCGGCAAGCUGAUUGGAAUUAUUACAAGAGGAAACAUCAUAAGAGCUGCCCUUCAAAUGAAACAUGCUAGUGAAUCGAAAACAUAACACGCAGACACAUUCGGAUCAAUAUCAUUUCCAGAUGUUUAUGGUGGAAUCACAGAAGACGUCGGAGGAAUUGGUCUGCUUUUUAGGUUCAAUUUCGACAAAGGAUUUGUAUAAAUCAGCAAUGAAAUUGUAAUAAUAAUAAAUAACACGGGAUCAGAAAGAAAAUAACGAUGCGUACCUUUUAGUAUAGGAGGAAUGUGUUGAAGUUGUUAAGAUUUCCUAGCCGUUAGGAUUAGGUUUCCGAGUUUGUAUGAUUGUUUUCAGUAGUUGUUAAUAAUCCCUUUUCUUUAGGGACAAGUUGUUU